CAGCAGCUCCUUCAAAUGAAACAGGGUUUUUUUUUUCUUACAGUUGCUGCAGCUCAAGCAAUAGCGGACGAAAGAAGAAGCCAAAGCGGCGUUAGCCCUGUUCCAGUCCAGGCCUCAAUAAACAUAAAGACAGCAACUAAACCAGUGAUAGACGGUUCCACUCUGAGAACAGAAGAAAGACAAAGACUAGCCAGGGAGCGCAGAGAAGAGCGAGAGAAACAAAAUGCUGCCAAAGAGACACAGAUCCUUGAGAAGGAGAGAAAAGCAAAACUGCAGUAUGAAAAGCAGAUGGAAGAAAAGCAGAGGAAGCUGAAAGAACAGAAACAGAAAGAAGAGCAAAGGAGAGCAGCAGUAGAAGAAAAAAGGAAACAAAAAAUCGAGGAGGAAAAGGAACACUACGAAGCAGUUGUGCAUCGUACGCUGGAGCGGAGCCAACGUCUGGAAACACGGCAGAAGCGGUGGUCGUGGGGAGGGUCUGUGACAGAUUCAGACAGCAAGACUGAGACGCAGACAACGGAUGAAGGUGGAACGGCCAGCAAGCGUUCCACAUCUGCAGCAAACCUCAAGCAAGUGGAAGUUGCCAUGAACAAACGCUUGUCCUCUUCUGCAGCGCUGCUCGGCUCAGCUGAUCGAAGUACCACAAAAAGAAGUGCUUCCUUAAGCAGAUUGAGUAACAAAGCCCCUCUACAUUCUUCCCAGUCAGCACCCAAAGGUUCACAGGUGGAACAGAAAGGAGGAGCAGGAAAGAAGAGGAGCACGUCUUUGAAUAGAAUGAAUACUAAACCUCACUCUUCCCCUGAGUUAGAGAAGGUGAAAAAGGAAGAAAAACCAGCUCGUCGCUCCCAGUUCAGUCCUCUGGAGAGUAAUGUAAUCAGCCGCCUCCUCGCUCCCACACAGGCCUCCUUAGCUAGGAGCAAAAGUGCUGCUACAUUAUCGGCUGAUGGACAAGAUGCCUCAGAAUCUCACCUCUGUCCUCGUUCAGCUUCAGCCAGCUCUGUCAGCACGCCGGUCCACACUCCCCGAGUACCCAUACGCAGCAGGAGUAUUGACAGAUUGAAGACCUCCAUACCUGCCUCUGAAACAAGCUCGCCAGACUCUGCACAGAAAUCAGAGGCAGAAAAGCAGUCGCCAUGUUCUGUGGGAAGACGCCCUCCCUCCCCGUCUGUGUCAGCUCAUAGAAGAUCUCCUUCCCCAGCUAGUUUGGCAAAGCAUCCGCCAUCCCCCUCUUCAGUUAGACAAAAUCAAAAGGCGCGUCCACCAUCACCCAGCAUCUUAAAACAAAGGCCACCCUCUCCAACAACAGUUGCUAAACCAGCACCUAUCCAACGACCCCCUCUUACCCCAAGUGUUAUCAGUAUUACCAAAAAGAAGCCUGAAACCGAGAGCAAACCAAAGGAGAAGAGCACAGAUGGAGUGGGACAAGAGCCCGGUGUUUCGCAGCCCUCGGAGAGGGAAACUGUAGCAACUGCCUCAAAGACCAAAGAAGACCCUAGUAGCAAAACUGUUGCAGGGACCACAACAGCCGAAGAAGCCUCGAAAAUCUUGGCAGAGAAACGACGUCUUGCACGAGAGCAGAGAGAGCGCGAAGACCAGGAGAGGAUUCAAAGGCUGGAGGAAGAACGGAUCAGAGCAGAGGAAAUGGAAAAGAGGGCACUUGAAGACAGGGCCCGGAGGGAAGAGGAGCUCCGGAAGCUGGAGGAAGAAAAACAACUUGCCUAUGAAGAGCAGCAAAGGCAAGCGGAAGAGGAGAGGCUUUGCCGGGAGCAAGAGGAGCGGGACAAGCUGGCAGAGCUUCAACAGCAGAGAGAGGAAGCUGAAGCCAAAGCUCAAGAAGAAGCCGAAAGACAGAGGCUGGAGCGAGAGAGAAUCAUGCAGCAGAAUAUGCAGGAGAGACUCCAAAGAAAAAAGAGAAUUGAAGAAAUAAUGAAAAGAACUCGGAAGUUUGAUCAGAGUGAAGUCAAGGGUGAAGAGAAGUCUGCUGCCGGGAUUAGUGAGGGAGAGGACGCCGAAGAAGAGGAAGAGCUGGGCCUUGAAAAAGCAGAUGACCCUGAAAAGAUGAAUGGCGUUACUCUCUCCCAGGAAAUCAAGGGGGAGACAGAGAGUUCUUUCGAAGUUGCCUGUGGUUUGACUGGUGCAGAAACUUCAGUGCAAGAUGCAGAGGCUGAUGAAGUAUUUAUGAAUGGAGAUGAGCAAGACAAUGAGAGAAGUAACGACAGGAGGUCUUUGCCUGUUAAUCAGCUACAAGAUUCCAGCCCUCCUGCAAAAGAAAUGGUUAUCCAGAAUUCGGAAAUAUUGCACAUGAAUGAAGCUGAUCACACAGUUGGAUUCAUACAAAAUCUUAAUGGAAAAUCCAACGCAUGGACUUUCAAGGAAAUUCUCGAUCUUGGAGUACAUUCCAAGUCGCCCAGACUGAGUUCAGAUAGCAUCCCUGCUGAUAACUGUCAUCAAAACUUGAAUGAUGCUGCUACACUUCCCUCUGGUCCCAAGUUGGCAUUUGAGGAAGAUGGUGCAGUGAAUCCACCGACCAAACCUAUAGAGGCUGCCUCAGAACUGUGAACACUAGAGCCCAGGAGAAAUAACCUGAUUGCACUUCAGUGACAGUGUUUCACCGAGCACCGAAGGCCUUGCUUUGAAAAGCUGCUUGUUUACCUUGACCCACCUUCAAGCUUGCAAAAAAAAAAAAAGACGACCAGGGAAGGGAUAGCAGACUUCAAAAUUUGCACCUUGAAACACUUCAGGGAGACUCCUUUGCUGUUGUUCCUUUUCCAUGUGUUUAGUGGACUGUUUUUGACAAGGCUUCCUGGUUACAGAUGACCCGUUUUCCUUUUACGAUCUCUGUAUGACUCUGUCUCCAAGUCCCUUACUUUGGUAUUAGUGCGGUGUACGGGUGUUGCCCCUGCAGCUGCCCCAGCUGGUUACUGACAAGUUUUGCACGGCCCUAGAACAGCACAUGGCAAACGUUUAACGAAGAUGCAUUUGGUGAGGAGCAAAACCAAACCCAGGGGUAACAUUUCCCUACAAUGUCUCCAGACUCAUGAAUGCAGGUAGGAUAUUUAAGAAAAGCUAAAUUCAGUAUCUUUCAUCCAGCGUCGGAUUUAAGAAAACUGAUGCUGGAUUACUUUGAAUGUGAAAGUAGUAGUAGUUUAACAACACAGCAUCAUAUCAUCACUAGUGCAUUUUAAUGUUGGAGUAGCUUUUUGUAGUACACACCAGUACACAGGCACUAAUACUUUGCAACACGGUUAAGUACCUAGACAUGUUUGCCAUAGUGCAGCUCAAUAUUUGUCUUGCUUUUUAAAAUGUUUUCGUUUGGAUUACAUAUUUAAGGUUAUCUACUCUCAUGUAAGUAUUAUUUUAUUGUGUACAUAACAGUAUUAGACCACUGCAGUCAUGUUUUGUUCAUGUUAAUAAUUCUAAAUGUUCCCAUGCUAGCUUUAUAACAACGGCUGCAAAUUUCGUAUGUGUUUCCCUUCCCUCGAGUCUGCAUAAAGGAAGCUACUUAACCUAAACUUGCCUGCUUUUUACAGCAUGAAGAGAUUAACUGAGCAUCUUUUUUGAAAUUGGCUGCUGUUAGAAGUUCAAAUGCAGUCCUGUUCUUAUGCCUCCGUAAUAGAUGUACCAGAUAAGUGACUUCCUUUUAAGAAUUGCUUUCUCAAACCCCGCUUUAAGCCAUUGGCUGAAAAUGAACUAAAUGAAUCAUCCAAAUAGAAGCUGCAUUUUCAGUGUUUAAAUGCAAAUGUUUUUGCUGGAACUAAACUGCGUUCCUUUCUUGACACCACAAUAAAAUAGGAAACCUUCCUCUUACCCCUUUGCUAUUCAGACUCUAGCAGAACUGUUUUAGACUUAGAGCAGUGCCUUAGCUAAGAAGAAAAUGUAUUUUUGUAUAAUAGCUGUUUCAUUCUGGCAGAGACAAUCAUUCUAACAAACCAGAUGCUGAUAUUUUUUCUGUGCAGAUAUUAUUUGUUGAAUGCUCUGUUACAGCUGUAUGUAAAUAUGUGUGCACUGUUAAAUAAACUUUGCAGUUGAA